GUGGGUCCCACCUACUGAGACGUUUGAGCGUUGCCCCUUUAUGCCUACGCAACGGCUAGACUCUGAUUUGAUGCUUUGUAGCGGUUCAGACACCUCUCACAUAAUCAAAACAACGUUACGAAGCGUGUACGAUACGGGAAAAGAUUUCAAACAUCAUGCCUGUGGCAGCCACCGGCACAGAGCAUGCAGUGCCGCAGGUGCUGGACACUCUGAGUGACAGCGCCAGCUCCACCACUGCCAAUGACCUGGACCUCAUCUUCCUCAAGGGCAUCAUGGAGAGCCCAGUGAGCGCAGAGAGUUUGGAGGAGACACGACUGGAGGCCGUGAGGGACAAUAAUGUGGAGUUGGUGCAGGACAUCCUGAGAGAGCUGAGCCCCUUCACGCACCGCAGCAACACCGCCGCAGAGCUGUCCCGCAUUCUCAACCAGCCGCACUUCCAGUCUCUGCUGGAGACCCACGACUCGGUGGCCUCUCAGACGUGUGAGACUCCGCCCUCGAGCCCCUGCGCUUUCAUGGAGCCGCCCAUCAACCCUGCACCGGUGCCAGCUGAUGCCAUACGCAUGGUGGGCAUCCGCAAAGUGGCUGGAGAGCAUUUGGGUGUGACGUUCCGUAUUGAGAACGGAGAGCUGGUGAUCGCCCGCAUUCUCCACGGGGGGAUGAUCGACCAGCAGGGUCUGCUCCACGUGGGGGACAUCAUCAAAGAGGUGAACGGGCGAGAGGUGGGUGACGACCCUCGUGUGCUGCAGGAGAUGCUGCAGGAGGCCAGCGGCAGUGUGGUGCUCAAAAUACUUCCCAGCUACCAGGAGCCGCAUCCCCCCAGACAGGUUUUUGUGAAGUGUCACUGUGAUUAUGACCCUGCCAAUGACAACCUCAUCCCGUGCAAAGAGGCGGCACUGCAGUUCUCCAGCGGAGACAUUCUGCAGAUUGUUAACCAGGAAGACGUGAACUGGUGGCAGGCACGUCAUGUAGAGGGAGGCAGCGCUGGCCUGAUUCCCAGUCAACUUCUGGAGGAAAAGAGGAAAGCUUUUGUGAAGAAAGAUGUUGAUCUUUCACCAGCAGCCAAUCUAUGUACUGGAAUGGUUGGCAAGAAGAAGAAGAAAAUGAUGUAUCUAACUACAAAAAAUGCAGAUUUCGACAGGCACGAGUUACUGAUCUAUGAGGAGGUGGCGAAAGUCCCACCUUUUCGCAGGAAGACGCUGGUUCUGAUUGGUGCCCCUGGAGUGGGCCGACGGAGUCUGAAGAACAAGUUGCUCGUGUCAGACCCUCAGCACUACGGCACCACCGUCCCCUACACCUCCAGGAAGGCCAAAUCAGCAGACAGAGAGAACAUGAUGUAUGCCUUCACAUCCCGGAGUAAGAUGGAAGCCGAUAUUAAAGCUGGCCGUUAUCUUGAACAUGGCGAAUAUGACGGUAACCUCUACGGCACCAAGAUCGACUCCAUCCAUGAAGUAGUGGAGGCCGGACGCAUCUGUAUCCUGGACGUUAACCCCCAGUCCCUAAAAGUCCUCAGGACAUCAGAGUUUUUGCCGUAUGUGGUGUUCAUCAAAGCCCCGGAGUUUGAGGUGCUGAAGGCCAUGAACAGAUCUGGGGUGGAGGCGGGAGUGACCAAACGCAGAACAGACGCAGAGCUGAAGAGGACGGUGGAUGAGAGCGACAAGAUUCAGAGAGUGUACGGACACUACUUCGACCUCACCAUAGUAAACGAUGAUUUGGAAGAGGCUUACAGGAACCUCAAAUCCUCCUUAGAGAAGUUAAAGGGAGCUCAGCAGUGGGUUCCGGUCGGGUGGGUGUUUUAGAGCUCAGCACAGCAACUAGUGGAUGAUUCAUGUGACACUUUAUACCAGUGUUAACUGGUUUAAAUCAUCAACCUCGUGCCAAGGGUGUACACUGAUCAGAGAGCUUAUAUGAGUGUGUGUGUGUGAGUGUGUGAAAUCACCAUUUACCCUUUAAAUACAGCAAACUGAUACAAACCUCAGAAACAAGCUACAAUCUCAUCUUUUUGUUUACAGUAAACAUUCUAGUUUCAGUUCAAAUGGUUUUUUGAAAUCUUAGAUCUUUUUUAUUUUAUUUUACACACAUUCUUUAAAAAUUCAAGUUCAAAAUAAUAGUCUUUCUAUAGUCAAAGAAAAAUCUAAAAACAAAACAAAACAAAACUGUAAAGCAAGACUAUAUUUUGCAGAAUAUAGCCUGAAUCUAUAAUUUAUGAUGAUAAAUAGUGUUUUUUUGUUGUUUGUUUAAACGUAACCUUUUCAAAAGGUUGUUAGAUUUAUUUAGUGGAAUCAAAAUCAUUUUUCAAUCUCAAUAUUUUAAGAAAUUAAUACUUAACAGAGUAAAA